AGCUUGUAAAGUGGGAAGAGGAGGAGGUGAGGGGGGAAGAGGGGCGGGCACAAGCCUUUCCUCAAAGUCAAUAUUUUAUACUUUUGAUACUCCUUGACGCUGGAUUUCAGUCCUCUUUUCCCAGCCGUUUCUAGAUCUAGGACACCGAUCUACCGGGUGCUGCCAUCUACGGUGUGAUAAAAAGUAUCCGGCAGAAGGCAAAAACAAACAGCGAGCCGGGGCAGGCGGAUAAUGGGAGUACAGUAAGCGCCGCGGCGGGGAACGAGUACAGUGGACGAUCUAGGGGAUCCUUUUGGCCCCUAAAGGGAGACGUGCAGUACUCCAACGACGCACAAAGUGCUGACCUGUCUCGCGGAUGCAUGUUAGAAGACAAUCAGAGGGGCUCGGCCAGUACAAGACGUCAAAUGGAUAUACCUGAAGACGCAGUAACUUCACCUUCAUCCUCCACGACCAGCUCCACUUUUUCCCUGCAGGACACCGCUCUCUGAGAAACUACCCCGCGUUAACAUCUCCCACCCAACCCCCUGCAACACUAUGGUUAAAGUGUAUGCUGAGAUUAAUCUCUGUAACAUUAUCCGCCUCUCCACCCACCGCCCAUCUUCCUCAGGAAGUCAGCCGUCAAAACAAGAAAGUGCCCCUCUUUCGGAUGUGUGGGGACCGUCAAUGUCUGUGAAGAGACACUGAGCGAAAGUUACAGCCGAUACAUCCCGUCAUUUAGGGAGUUUAUAAGCCUGGGGGCGAGUUGUGUCAACUGACCUGCAUCUCUCCUUUCACAGUACAGCAUUAUGGCGUUAGGGAUGUUCACUGUUUCCUUAUGAUCGCUCCAUGCGCCUCAUCUCUCCUCUGAGCUCCGUGGCCCCCCUCACCCUGUGCCGGACCCCGCUCCAAACACCCCCCAGCCUGCCAUGCUCCUCCAAGCCGUGUUUCUGCUGCUGCUUCGCUGCUUGGCCUCCACGCUGGGCCAGUACGAACUGUGCAAGUCCCUGGUGAGCACGGAUGAGGGCUCGGUGUGGGAGCAGUACGCGUGCCAGCCGAAAAGCGCGUCCAUGAAAGACUACAUGCGGAUCAAGGUGGAUCCACCCGGAAUCACAUGUGGAAACCCGCCCGAGAGGUUCUGCACUCUGGAGAACCCAUACCUGUGCAGUGACGAGUGUGAUGCCUCGACCCCAGACUUGGCCCACCCUCCUCAGCUGAUGCAGGACAAAGAACGCACAGGUCUCCUCACCUACUGGCAGACAGUCACAUGGAGACGCCACCCAGAGCCCCUGCUGGCCAACAUCACCAUGUCCUGGAACAAGAGUCUGGAGCUCACAGACGACAUCCUGAUCACCUUUGAGUACGGCCGUCCUACUAUCAUGGUACUGGAUAAGUCCAUGGACCACGGACGCUCCUGGCAGCCCUACCAGUUCUACGCUGACGACUGCAUGGACACCUUCAAAAUGCCACCCAAACGUGUGAGUGACCUCUCACCCGCCAACGUCACGCGUGUCAUCUGCACCGAGCAGUACUCGCGCUGGGUUGGCUCCAAGAAUGACAAGAAUGUAAAGUUUGAGGUGCGGGCACGCUUUGCUGUGUUUGCAGGACCACGACUACAGAACAUGGACAACGUGUACACUCGCAUGGAAAGUAUGAAGGGAUUGAGGGACUUCUUCACCUUCACCAACCUUAGGAUGAGGCUUCUCAGGCCCGCUCUCGGAGGCACAUAUGUCCAGAGAGACAACCUGCUCAAGUACUUCUAUGCCAUCUCCAACAUCGAGGUACCUGCCAGGUGUAAAUGUAACCUCCACGCCUCCCAGUGCCUGCUGCAGGAUGGGAACCUCCAGUGCCAGUGUGAACACAACACCACCGGCCAGGACUGCCAGCGGUGCAGGAAGGGCUUCAAAGCCAAGUCCUGGAAGGCUGGUUCCUACCUGCCAGCACCCAAUGGAACCCCCAACACCUGUACAAUUGCUGGCUCCCCCUCCGGUUCUAACAUGAGAGCUCCGCCAGCAGAAACCAGAGUUACAGACAGCUCAACGCCACUAACAGACAACGUGUUACACACCAGGCCUUUGUCUGAGCCUCCACUGGUACCCAUGGGAGAAUCUGACACACUUCUUGUUACAGCAGAGGUUCACCCUCCUUCAGCAUCCUCUGCGUCAGAGGAGUACCGAGUGUCCCUGACACCAGAGGAGUUCACACCUUUAGAGACAAUCCCUGAACAUUCACAUCUGUCUCAUCCAGCCCCAAAGGAGUCCACACAACAUUCAGGUGUUGAUCAUCAUCAUCACCACCAUCAACAACCGCUGACAAUACAGUCCGUCCUGACUCAUCUUCACCAUCAUACAAGCCUGCACAAAACUGAGGAAAAACACUCAGAGCCGAGGCAAAGUGAGCGAGGAGUCUCCCACAAGUCUGAGGGACACAUACAUGAGAGUCAUGGCCACAAAACAACAACCUCAUCUGACCACUGGGAGGGAACAAAAGCGGAAGGGAAAGUGUCCCACACAUCUGAGGGCCAUGUACAUGAGACUCAUGGCCACGUACAAGAGGCUCAUGGCCACGUACAAGAGACUCAUGGCCAUGUACAAGAGGCUCAUGGCCACGUACAAGAGGCUCAUGGCCACGUACAAGAGACUCAUGGCCACGUACAAGAGACUCAUGGCCACGUACAAGAGACUGAUGGACACAAAACAACAAUUUCAUCUGAGCAUGGGCAGAAAAGGGAGGAGGAGCAUAAAGUGCCGCACAAGUCCGAGAAACCAUUACAUGAGACACAUGGCAACAAAACCACUACCUCAUCUGGGCAUGAGGAGAAGGAAAGAAAAGCUGAAAGGAAAGUCCCCCACAUGUCUGAGGGAAACGUACAUGAAACCCAUGGCCACAAAACAACAACCUCAUCUGAGCAUGGGUUGGAAAGGGAAAAGGAAGAGGAUAAAGAAAGAAAAGCUGAAAUGACAGUAUCCCACAAUUCUGAGGGAAACAGACAUGAGAGCCAUGGCCACAAAACAACCUCAUCUGGACACGGGGAAGUUUCCCACACAUCUGAGGAACAUAGACAUGAGAUUCAUGGCCAUGUACAAGAGACUCAUGGCCACAAACAAGAGACUCACGGCCACGUACAAGAGACUCACGGACACGUACAAGAGACUCAUGGACACAUACAAGAGACUCACGGCCACGUACAAGAGACUCACGGCCACGUACAAGAGACUCACGGCCACGUACAAGAGACUCCCGGACACGUACAAAAGACUCCCGGACACGUACAAGAGAUUCAUGGCCACGCACAAGAGACUCAUGGCCACGUACAAAAGAUUCAUGGCCACGUACAAGAGACUCAUGGCCACGUACAAGAGACUUCUGGCCAUGUAUAUGCGACUCAUGGCCACGUACAAGAGACUCAAGGACACGUACAAGAGACUCAUGGCAAUGUACAAGAGGCUCAUGGCCACGUACAAGAGGCUCAUGGCCACAUACAAGAGACACAAGGACACGUACAAGAAGCCCAUGGACACAUACAAGAGACUCAUAUCCACGUACAAGAGCCUCAUGGCCAUGUAUAUGCAACUGAGGGCCACGUACAUGAGACUCCUGGACAUGUACAUGAGAUUCAUAGGUACGAACAUGAAACUCAUGGCCACAAAACAGUUUUAUCAAAGCACGGGGAGGAAAGAAAGUCUGAAAGCAAAGUCUCCCACAAGCCUGAGGGAAACAUACACGAGACUCACGGCCACAAAGCAACAUCAUCUGGCCACAGGGAGGAGGAGCAAAGAAAAGCAGAAAGGAAAGUCUCCCAACAUUUAAUGGGACACUUACAUGAGACUCCUGGACACAAAACAACCUCAUCCGGGUAUGGAGAAGACCAGCAUAAAGAAAGAAAAGUGUACCACAAACCUGAGUGGGAAAGAAGGAGUCAUGAAACCCCAAAACAUACUUCAGGGAUAGAGGAUGAAGAAAGAGGGAAACAAAAAGGGCUUCUGAAACUCUUGAUCUCAGGAGAGUCCCAGGCCAGACAGUUGUUUGGGAUCAUAUACGAUGAUUUCAGAGACUGUGAGUGCUAUGGCCACUCCAACCGCUGCAGCUACAUCGACUACCUGAACAUCGUCACAUGCGUCAGCUGCAAGCACAACACCAGGGGCCAGAACUGCCAACACUGCAGACUGGGAUACUUCCGCAACGCCUCUGCCGAACUGGAUGACGAGAGCGUCUGCAUCGAGUGCAACUGCAACCAGAUGGGUUCUGUUCAUGACCGGUGUAACGGCACAGGCUACUGCCAGUGUAAAGAUGGGGCCACGGGGGCCAAGUGUGACGACUGUCUGCCAGGAUACUACUGGAAACAAGGCUGUUACACUAAUGUUUGUGACGAGGAGAUGCUCCUGUGCCAGAACGGAGGAACAUGCUACCAGAGCCAGAAGUGCAUCUGUCCUCCAGAGUUUAAGGGGGUACUGUGCCAACACUCCCGCUGCGAGGCGGGCAAGGACUGCAACGCCGCCUCUUCCCUGCACCUUACCACAGCCACCCUGCUGCUCUGCACUCUGCUCACCCACCUGCUGGCCACGUUAACUGCCCACUGAGCCACGAAAACCCCCUCACACCGUGAAGUGUGUGUAUGUGUGUGUGCGUGUACGUGAGGUGAGAGGUGACCCAGAGUGGGAAGGGCCGCCCCCAGUCGUGGACCCAAUGAGCACACACCGCAGCACUCGCAAAAGCACACACACUUACACAACACAAACUAGCCCCAAUUUCCUUUCAAACAUGCUUACACACACAGACACACAAACACACACACACACACACACACACACACACACACGACUAUUAUGAUACUGAGUGUGUGCUCAGGUGUGAGAAGGACAAAGACAGAAAAAAGGGGAGCGACCUCACAGAAAAAAGAUGCAGACGAAGGGGGGGGGGGGGAAAUUAUACCAACCACUGUUCCCUUUAUUCCAGAGCUGGAGCAAUGUGCAUCAAACCAAAAAGCAUAAACAAAACACUUAAAUCAUCACUGUUUCACUUCUAAGGGAAUGGCUGUUGUAUCCACAAGGACCUUUUCUUUUCAUGUUUUUUUUUCUUGGUUGAUUUAAGGAUCUCACCUCUGCUUGACUGACGACCAAGGCGUGUGUGUGGUCAGAGAAUAUGAGACACGACAAACGAUACCUAGGCGAGGUGCACGCUUGAUCCUGCUGCUGAGGCCUACAUAAUAUAAUAACCAGGUUUCAUUUCUUCUAAAAGAUGAGACUUGAUUUUACAUUAAUUCUAUUUCUGCUGCAUUCUUUUAUUUUUAUUAUAUCUUCAGUCAGUGUAUCUAAUGUGCCCACUAACAGUCGCUGAGAUUAUACAUAUUAUAUAAUAUCCAGAGGGUUACAAAUUAUAAAAAUUUAGUCACUAUUAUGGUUGUUCUAGGAAUGAGUGAUUGUUGCCACAGUUAGCAAGAUUUAAUCUUCACACAGUAUUCAGGAAGCAGAAUUUAACAGAAUUUAACUUAUCAGAAGUCUAAAAGAGAGAGAAAAGAUAUUGACCACGUAUCAAUGUUAUAUGACAUUAUUUGAAUAUUUUUUGUAGAAAUUAUUUUUGUUUGGAGUUACAAUAAAUUAUAAAAGAAAUUACAUUUACAACUAUUCCAAAUGAGCAUUUUAUUACACUGAGUGUAAACCUUGCAGUAAAUGACUGUUAUUUGC